AUGGGCACCGUUGGACAGCUCUUUCGCUUCGGUAUUGAGCUAGAACUUCUCAUUGCCAAGUCGAAGCAUCAUCAAAAGCAACAGGUAAAAUGGUCCCCCUUUCGAAAGCCGCUUUCGGCGUUUCAGACAGAGCCUACCUGGGAGUCUCUCACAAAAGAUGUCAGUAUUAGGCUCAAAGAAGCUAUAGUUCUCAAUCAUAUCAACAAAAUCAAUGAUGCGUUCAUGUCCAAUUACGGAGAAUGGUCCAUUACCCAAGAGGCCACCAUCACUCCCAAGGACGGACACAUCCUCCUUAAGCUCGUCUCCCCCAUCUACGACUCACUCCUCACCCCCCAAUACGAGUCCGAUGUCACCACAAUCUUUCCACCCAUCGGACUCGCCCGUCUCUCCAAAGCAAUCCUUUACUUCGAGCCCGCGCUUGACUACCUCCUCUUCUCACGCCCCAACCUCCAUACUCAGCUGCAAAAAGAAGACAAGUACUGGUGCCGUUCUAACCGUACCAGCGUUCCUUUACUUGACCUUUCCCUACGGGACUGCUUCUCUAAAAUCGAUGCCGCUUCCGCGAUGGUGACAGACCAAUCAGAAAAUUGUGUCCCACUUGUGGAAACGAUGAACCUGGUCUCCAAAACCUCACCGCGUGACAUUGCCUUGUGCAUGGAUCACGAUUUUGUCCAGGGGAAACUGUUCAAGUGGAACAUGGUUGGGAUGAUGCCCUCGGGUGCAGGUAUUGAUGGUUGUGGUCGUGCGACGGUUGAGUUUCGGCGACCGCCGGGCAGUUUGAGUGCGGAAGAGGCAAUGGGUUGUGUUGGGGUUGCAUUGGCGUUUGUGGCGAAGGCGGUUGAGGUUGAUGGUGAGCAGGAAGGAUAA